AAUAAUCACAAUGCAAUUUAUACAAGGAUCCAAAAGAAAAGUGGAUAAAAUCGGCCAAAACGUUAAGGCCUCGUGACGUUCGCUCAAGCUUCUUCUCUUGCUGUAACUGAAGCGGCAUGGCUUUAGACUGCUGCCUGAGCAGCACCCCCUUUCAAAGUCUGCAACUUGCUGCAGUUCCCCAUUCAUCUUCCUUACGCCUUGUUUUCCGAACAGCCCAUAGCAUUCCAACCAGUUCCCUUCUUUCCCUUGGCUACUUACUCAAACUACCAUUGCCACGUCUCACUAGACCUCUUUCAAACUCUGCUGCCGUCCAGACAUCUCCCGCUUCAUCGUAUUCAACAUCGAAGACCCUGGACGACAAAGGUGGUAAUGCUCCGUGGAAGGCAGCUAUAGACUUCAAGUGGAUAAGGGAUAAUAAGGAAGCAGUCGCCGCCAACAUAAAGAAUCGAAACUCUAAUGCGAAUUUAGACCUUGUGCUUGAGAUAUAUGAGAAAACGUUUAAUCUUCAGAAGGAAGUUGAGAGAGUUCGUGGGGAAAGGAAUGCGGUAGCCAACAAGAUGAAAGGAAAAAUGGAACAAUCAGAGCGUCAGAGACUCAUUGAGGAAGGAAAAUGUCUGAAGGAUCAGCUGACUGCUUUGGAAGAAGAGCUUGUCAAGCUUACCGAUGAGCUCCAACAGGAAGCACAGUGUUUACCGAAUAUGACUCAUCCAGAUGUUCCAAUAGGAGGGGAAGAUAGUUCAACAAUAAGGAAGAUGGUUGGCAGUCCUCGCAAGUUUAGCUUUGUUCCCAAGGAUCAUCUGCAACUUGGAAAGGAACUUGAUUUUUUUGAUUUUGACGCUGCUGCUGAGGCGUGUGGUUCAAAGUUUUAUUACCUGAAGAAUGAAGCAGUUUUGUUGGAGAUGGGUCUUGUAAAUUGGACACUCUCAGAAGUAAUGAAGAGAGGCUUUACGCCAUUAAUAACUCCUGAAAUCGUUCGCUCCUCUAUUGUUGAAAAAUGUGGAUUUCAACCACGUGGAACUAAUACGCAGGUGUAUUCCAUUGAUGAUGGUGAUCAAUGCCUCAUAGGCACUGCAGAAAUUCCUGUUGCGGGCCUUCACAUGGAUUCAAUACUUGCUGACUCAUUGUUACCAUUGAAAUACGUUGCAUUUUCUCAUUGCUUCCGAACUGAGGCCGGUGCUGCAGGUACAGCAACAAGGGGUCUUUACCGAGUUCACCAGUUCAGCAAGGUUGAGAUGUUUAUUUUUUGCCGCCCUGAGGAGAGUGAACACUACCAUGAGGAGCUUAUUACUAUAGAAGAAGACCUCUUCUUAUCCCUAGGUUUACAUUAUAAAACUUUGGAUAUGGCCUCUGAAGAUUUAGGUGCCCCUGCUCAUCGAAAAUUUGAUGUAGAAGCGUGGAUGCCCGGCUUAGAACGAUUUGGUGAGAUAUCAAGUGCAUCAAACUGCACAGAUUAUCAGAGCCGUCGAUUAGGAAUUCGUUAUCGUCCAUCUGGGCCACCAGCCGCAAACACAAAAAAAGCUAAAGGCAACCUUGCUCCGCCACAGUUUGUACACACGUUAAAUGCAACUGCUUGUGCAGUACCUCGGAUGAUUAUUUGUUUGCUUGAGAAUUACCAGCAAGAAGAUGGAUCUGUGGUCAUCCCUGAGCCCUUGAGGCCCUUCAUGGGUGGCCUUAAAAUCAUAUCUCCAAAAUCUGGAUAAAAUUAGAUUAUUACAUUCACUUCCAUUUGCAGGGCUGUCAGGGCUGUUACGGCAUUAAAGAGGAGAUACAUGAGUUUAUGCAUAGUUGUGGGAGGAAAGUGACUAUGACUUGAUCAGUUGAUCAAAGAGAUUGUCUAUUAUUACAUGGGAUUUUACGAGAUUGCUUAGCAAAUUUGCAACUGAGAUCUAUGAAGUUCACCUGUCAGAGAGAUAUGCUAUUAUGUCAUCAGAACUUUAAGCUGCAUACUCUUUUUGAUGUCAGUUGACUCAAUAUCCUCCAAUUUGAUCCAUGCCUGCCUACGUUUUGCAACAUUCCAUGAAGUAUAAUUCAUGCCUCGUGGAUAGAAGUCACAUGCCAGUUUUCAUUUCCUCGUUUCUUAUUUCUUGUGCCAAACGAUUUACUUAAGUAAACCCCGUCUCGAAGUUUUCCUU